AUGGUUUCCUCUCGCAGCUUGGGCCACGACUUCUUGAGCCUUCCGCCCAACGCCUGCCCCCAGCUGCAAUCCUGUGGAGGGCUUCCGGCGGCUUCCGUGCCUUCUUCUGCUCAGACAGGAUCUUUUGUUUCUGAGAAAGAUUAUGCUCUGCGGGAACAUUGCUCACAAGUCGUUGCCGCGGGUGCCAAGAAGAGUCUUCAACAGCUGCAGCUGUCUUCACCUGUGUACUUGUACGAUGUCGAGGACGCGAUCUCCAGACCCGCGGACGUGGUGAAGAGCCUCUCAGACCAGGGCUGCUGCUUCGUCUCGCAUGCCGUCCCAGCCAGCUGCUGCCAGCGACUGGCAGCUUACGUCGAUGACGCCCUUGCCGCUGCCCAGAGGGACGUGGAGCUGUCGGGAGACGGAGAUGCGCGCUACGCGCGUCGUCGCUCCUACUUCCGGAGGUUGGCCUACGCAACCCGACGAGACCGCAUCGAGUUCACAUUACCUCUGGAAGAUGAGGUCAGGGAAGUGCUGGAGCGGAUGGUUGCCUCGUUGGGGCAGAUCUUGGAGCCGUUUGUGACCCGACACGGCCGACUCGUGGAUCUCUCCUGUAUGAUCUCCGACCCGGACUGCGAGUACCAACCUCUCCACUCGGACACCUCGCUGGAGCGCGUCAAGUUCACUUGUUUCGUUGCCCUACAGGACGUGACAGUCGAGAUGGGCCCCACAUACCUCUGCCCGGGCACCCAGAACUACGAGCACCACAGCGCUCUGGAUGCCAUGCAAAAAAUGCAGUUGACUCAUGAUGACAUGUUGGAACGCCUGGGUGGCGUCCCGGUGCUCUGUCAGACUGGUGAUGCGUACGUCAUGAACUCGCAACUCUUGCAUUGUGGUGGUGCCCAGGCAUCUGCCGUAGCCGGGGGAAAGCGCCGGCGCCUGCUGUAUGUGACCUGGCACCUGCCUGGCAUCACGCCCGGAGAGCACUCCUUGAGAGACGAGCUGGUGGGACGCUUCCGCCUCGGUGACUUCGAUAAAAGGGGCCCUGCCCAUGCUGCCCUUCCGGAGGACUUCGAUGAGGAAUACAGCGAGCUCUUCAUUGCGGCCAACAAGUUGGAUGACGCGGAGGCCAUGCUCCAAUUUGCCAAGUGCCUGCGGGAGCGCGGAGACCUCGGGGCCGUCGCCUGGAUGCGGCGCGCCUGCCGCCGGGGCCAUCCCUUGGCAUGCAUGCACCUGGCGGAGGUCUUCUGCCUGGGAGAGCUCGGGAUGGCCCAAGACCUGAAGAAGGCCGAGGAGCUGCGCACCUACGCCAUGGCACUCUGCGAGAAGCUGAAAAGGCGAGGUACCGGCGAAGAGCCGGAGCUGCCUCUCUGCUUGAAGUGUCGCUAA